CUUGAAUACAGACUAGACGCUGCCGUCCGCGGGCGCGACAUCAGCCCCUCUCCUUUCUGCGGAAGUUACUACAGCCCGAUCCAGCUGGCGUUUAUUUAUCACUGAGCGCUAGCGCUGAGUAUUGAGUCCCCAGGUGUGGUCAUGGCUGGUUCAAGCUACAACCAGUGGCCAAACGCCGUCCUCGCCACCCUGCUCGCUGUCACCGCACUCAACGUCGGCUUCACGUGGUACAACCUCUCGCAGCUCUCGCAGCUCCUACCUCCCAAGAGGAAAUACAGCUACAUCGGGCACGACCACCCCGACCAGCUGCCCAUCGACCUCCCGGAGGUCGGGCUCGUCCUCACCCCCGACGCCGAGCACUUCGACCUGUGGAACGACACCGAAUGGGGCGCGCUCUUCCCCACCUCCGGCUUCGUCCCGCUCCCCGCGCCCCAGAACCAGACGACCUUCCUCAUCUCCAUGACCCACCAGCUGCACUGCCUCGACGUCAUCCGCGUCGGCUUCCUCACGAACCGCACGGGCGCGGCGGAGCAUGUCCAGCACUGCCUGCGCUACCUCCGCCAGGCGGUCCUGUGCUACGCGGACACGACGCUCGAGGAGGACGAGCCCGCGUGGUUCCCCGAGGAGCGGCGGUGGCGGCAUGGAGGCAGUGGCGUGGGCAGUGUGCAUCGGUGCAGGGACUGGACAGUCGUUAAUAGGUAUUUGAGAGAGCAUUUGCCUCCCCCGGUGGAUUGGCCGCCGCCAGAGGAGGAGGGGGAGGGGGUGAGUGCAUGAGAGGGUGCGUGGGUAACGGUGUGGUGUACUGAGUGUAUGGGUAACUUGUUGCCGAUAUAUGUGCUUUAUUCAGAG